UGACCACUUUGAACUUUAGAUUGUUCCCUUAUUUCUAGGGUGAAGAUCCGGACUUGUAUUCAUCAUCCCAUAUAGGUCGAUCACAUGUUGCCUACGCAUAUAAUGUUCAGGAGAGCACUCCUCUUACCAGUAUCUCAUCACUCACCCUUACUCUUCCUCAGCUAUCUGCAUGCUGAUAUUCACCAAUGUUACUUGGCUGGAUCUAUGUCUUGCUAGCGCCGGAGUCUAUCUGGUCAAGCAGGCAUUCAACAAGAGGAACCCUGCACCAUAUCCCCCUGGACCUCCCGGGUGGCCUCUCAUUGGGAACAUCACAGACAUACCUCACAACAAGCCCUGGCUUACCUUUGCGAAGUGGAGCAAGACAUAUGGCGACAUCUUGCAUAUCGAAAUUCCGGGUCGACACAUCAUUGUACUGAAUUCGGUCAAGGCAGCGAUUGAAUUGUUAGACAAAAAAAGUUCUAUCUACUCUGACCGUCCAUUUCUUACAAUGAGUUGUGAACUUGUUGGCUGGAAGCACGCCCUGGGCUUUCUCUCUUAUGGUGAUCGUUUUCGCAAUUACCGUAAGAACAUCCACCGCAUCAUGGGGAGUCAUGCUGCUAUCGAUGUAUACCAACCAAUCGAGGAGAUCGAGGUUCGCCGAUUCCUGAAGCGCGUGGUUGCACAACCCGAGCAACUGAAUGCACAUAUUCGACACACCGCUGGCGCCAUCAUUCUGCGAAUCUCUUAUGGAUAUGAAGUGAAGGAUAACAAUGAUCCUUUCGUCGACCUUGCAGGCCGUGCAAUGCACCAAUUCUCGCGGUGCACCGAAACAGGUGCCUUCAUGGUAGACAUCAUGCCAUGGUUGGCCAAUGUUCCCGAGUGGUUUCCUGGUGCUGGAUUCAAGCGCCUGGCCCGUGAAUGGCGCCAGAACCUCAAAGAGACUGUUGAUGCUCCAUACAAAUUCGCCAAGGAUCAGAUAGCUGCCGGAAUUGCCCCAAUGUCUUACACCUCGAAUCUGUUGAACGGUCGCACUUUGUCUGCGGAGGAGGAGCACAUGGUGAAAUGGUCUGCUGUGUCUAUAUAUGCCGGUGGUGCCGACACGACCGUUUCUACAAUCUAUUCGAUUUUCCUGGCGAUGACACUGUUCCCUGAUGUGCAGAAGAAGGCUCAGGCUGAAAUAGAUGCUGUUGUUGGCACUGACCGCCUUCCCUCCUUCGCAGACCGUGACUCCCUCCCCUAUAUCGAGGCCCUUAUAAAGGAAUCACUGCGCUGGAAUGCUGUCGCCCCUACAGGUUUCGGCCACUGCGUCUCUGAGGAUGAUAUCUAUGACGGGUACUACAUUCCGAAAGGAACCAUGCUCAUACCUAACAUCUGGUCCAUGCUCAAUGACCCGCAGACAUAUGCUAACCCCUCGCAAUUCAACCCCGAACGUUUCUUAGAUAAUGAUGGAAGGGGUCCCGAGCGCGAGCCUCGCACGAUUAGCUUUGGCUUUGGUAGACGGAUUUGCCCGGGUAUGCACCUUGCUGACGCUUCCAUCUGGAUAUCUACCGUGAUGUCGCUCGCCGUGUUUGAUAUUUCCAAGAUCGUCGAGAACGGUGUUGAGCAUACCCCUGAGGUUGACUUCUCAUCAGGCCUUGUCAGCCACCCCAAGCCCUUCAAGUGCUCUAUCAAGCCUCGCUCUGCGAAAGCUAUUGCGCUCAUUCAGCAGGAUGUCAACUAUUAAAGGCAUGAAGAUGAUUCUUAUUAUUUAACUAUGUAACGCAUCCCGAGUUAUGCAUAUCUUCUCAUCACCUCCCAUACCACUCAUUGCCAGGUGAUGCGUGACUAUAAACAUCACCGCAUAAAUGGUCUUGACAUCGGUGGGAGGAAAGCUCAUGCAAGAGUGUCCCACUGAGGCAUGCGUAACAGAAAACGGGGGCUCAGCGAGAACUGAAUGAUGCACAGACAAGGAUAUGGUCUUGAACUUCCUCCUGGCAAUUCAACUUGUUGGCGUCAAUACUAGUGCUAUUGCGAGAACUCAGUGGCAGCUGUGAUGGGCCCAGGAUGAAAUGUAUCAUUGUUGGUCAUUGGAUUUGUGAGGCGAGCCUUGAUUGCAGGAAGAAAAGGUCUGAAAGCCAUGUGCGAGAGAUGUAUCCUUCCACCA